AGUAAGAUGCUUGAAUUCCAGGCUGGUGGCACUGGAUCCCGCAUGCCGCCUCCGAGGCCAGGCCAAAUUCCCAUUUGCAACACGUCUCCAGCCCCAAGAGCAGAGCAGAGCAGAGCAUCACCAAACCCACCAGAACCGUAUUUCCCCCUCCAAAGUCGGCUCGACAGCCGCACCCCGCCCACCAUGGUUCUUCAAGAUCUCGGCCGCCGUAUCAACACGGCCGUCACAAAUCUCACCAGAGAGGCCAACCUUGACGAAAAGGCCUUCGAUGGCAUGCUCAAGGAGAUUUGCGCCGCCCUGCUCGAAGCCGACGUCAACGUGCGCCUCGUCGGCCAACUGCGAAAGUCCAUCAAGAGCACCGUCAACUUCAAGGAGCUCCCGCCCGCCGUCAACAAGAAGCGCCUCAUCCAGAAAGCCGUCUUCGAUGAGCUCGUCAAGCUUGUCGACCCCCACGCCGAGCCCUUCAAGCCGAAGAAGGGCAAGUCCAACAUCAUCAUGUUCGUCGGUCUGCAGGGUGCCGGUAAGACGACGACGUGUACGAAGCUCGCGCGCCACUACCAGGCACGCGGUUUCAAGGCCUGCCUGGUGUGCGCCGACACCUUCCGCGCUGGUGCUUUCGAUCAGCUGAAGCAGAACGCGACCAAGGCCAAGAUCCCCUACUACGGCUCGCUGACGGAGACGGACCCUGCCGUCGUGGCGAGGGAAGGUGUGGAGAAGUUCAAGAAGGAGAAGUUUGAGAUCAUCAUCGUGGACACGUCGGGAAGGCACAGGCAAGAGGAGGCGCUGUUCCAGGAGAUGGUGGACAUUCAGACGGCGGUUCGACCCGACGAGACCAUCAUGGUGCUCGACGCAUCCAUCGGUCAGCAGGCCGAGUCGCAGGCCAAGGCGUUCAAGGAAGCGGCCGACUUUGGAGCCAUCAUCAUCACAAAGACGGACGGCCAUGCCUCGGGUGGUGGCGCCAUCUCGGCCGUCGCAGCCACACACACGCCCAUCGUCUUCAUCGGCACGGGCGAGCACAUGCUCGACUUUGAGCGGUUCGCGCCACAACAGUUCGUGUCGAAGCUGCUAGGGAUGGGCGACAUGGCUGGCCUCGUGGAACACGUGCAGAGCCUGAAGCUGGACCAGAAGGACACGAUCAAACACAUCACGGAGGGCAUCUUCACGGUGCGCGACCUGCGGGACCAGCUCUCCAACAUCAUGAAGAUGGGCCCGCUGUCCAAGAUGGCUGGCAUGAUCCCCGGCAUGAGCGGCAUGAUGCAGGGCAUGGACGACGAGGAGGGCAGCGCCAAGCUCAAGCGCAUGAUUUACAUUUGCGACUCGAUGACAGAGAAGGAGCUCGACUCGGACGGCAAGAUGUUCAUCGAGCAGCCGACGAGGAUGACGCGCGUGGCGCACGGGUCGGGCACGUCGGUGCGCGAGGUCGAGGACCUGUUGACGCAGCAGCGGAUGAUGGCGGGCAUGGCCAAGAAGAUGGGCGGCAACAUGAAGAACAUGCAACGGGCGCAGUCGGCCAUGGCGGGAGGCAACAAGGCGCAGCAGCUCGCGGCGAUGCAAAAGCGGUUGCAGAGUAUGGGCGGCGCCGGGGCCGCCGGCGGCGGCAUGCCGGAUAUGGGCAGCCUCAUGAAAAUGCUCGGCGGCGGUGGCAUGGGCGGCGGCGGUGGUGGUAUGCCCGAUAUGUCGGCGAUGAUGCGACAGAUGGGUAUGGGCGGCAUGCCGGGUAUGGGCGGCGGCGCGCCGGGUGGUGGACGAGGACGGCGAGGUUAGACUUGGUUCUUUCCGCGUUGUGAGUCGUAAUUCUUGUUUUCGGUGGGGGGAAGGAGGAAGCAUGAUGUCAAAAGAAAAUAUCCGUACAAACGAUGGUUCGUCCAAGGGCGACUGAAAGUGGAGAAGACAGAAGGGAGAGAGAGGGAAAGAGAGACAGAGCUAUGGAUGAAGACAUGAUAGUAGUACACUACCUGGAGUCGCCGGGGGGGCGGGACCACAUUCGGAGCCCUCUUUUUCAAUAGGCUUGGCGUUUUAGGAGGAGGGCGGAACACACAAACAAAAGACUCUCAGACCAGAAGCGCGCUGCCAGCAGCAUUCUGAUGCAAUCUUGUGUUCUGGAGUGACUGCGAAACCUGUUCUCGGCGGCUGUGGCCGAUGGGGGGACGGACCGAUGAAGAGCUGCCAGUGGGGGGGAUUCGGUCUGGAAGGGG